AUGAGUCGCGAGAAACAAAACAUCAAUCUUUCUGAAACCACACAAAUUGUGGCUAAUCCCUCAUUACGCAAACGCAAUAGGCGUAAAUCGAGGGAACUUGACUAUACAGGACAUAAUCCGAUUAUGACGGUCAAACAACGCAAUAGACAAGCUAUAA